AAAUGUCAGCAUACAUUAGCAGAAUUGUGUGUUAAGAAGGGGUACGUAGUUUCUGGUAUUUUCUGGAAAAAAGUAUCGUUUAAUUCUCGUUAUACGUGUGCAAAACGUCUUGUAAUAUCUUACUACAUUUCCACAAUGGCAGAGGUGUCUCAGUUAAAAGAAAAGGGAAAUGCUGCUUUAGCAGAAAAUAAAUUCGAUGAGGCGAUUAAAUAUUAUACCGAAGGCAUUAACCUCGAUAGCACCAACCAUGUUUUAUAUUCAAAUAGAUCAGCUGCUUAUGCAAAGGCAGGAAAAUACGAUUUAGCAUUGCAAGAUGCUGAAAAAACAGUACAAAUAAAACCAGAUUGGGGUAAAGGAUAUUCUCGAAAAGGAUCGGCCUUGGCCUAUCUGGGUAGAAUUGAUGAGGCUAUAGAAACAUAUGAGAAAGGUCUUCAGCUCGAUCCUAAUAAUGCCCAGUUAAGAGAUGGUUUAGCUGAAGUUAGAGCACAAAAAGCUAGCCGUUUGGGGAACCUAAGAAAUCCAUUUGCUGGUCCUGAAGUAAUAAUGAAAUUAAGAAGUGAUCCUAGAACAAGGGGUUAUCUUGAUGAUCCUAGUUACAUGGCUCUAUUACAGCAGCUACAAGCAAAUCCAAAUGCUUUAGCUCAAAAUUUCCAAGAUCCUCGUGUUCUUACAACUUUAGGUGUACUGAUGGGUAUUGAUUUAAGUCAGGAUGAACCUAUGGAAACAGAACCCAUUAAUCCAGAGCCAUCCAAAAAUCCCGAACCUGAACAAAAAAAAGAAGCAGAAACUGACUUGCCAGAUGACAAGAAACUUGCAAAAGCAGAAAAGGAAAGGGGCAAUGAAUUUUAUAAGAAAAAGGAAUUUGCCAAGGCCAUAGAAUGUUACAAGAAGGCUCUUGAACAUGAUCCUACAGAUAUAACAUUUUACAAUAACUUAGCUGCUGUGUAUUUUGAACAGAAAGAUUAUCCCAAGUGCAUUGAAAUUUGUCAACAAGGAAUAGAGGUUGGAAGAGAGAACAGAGCUGAUUUUACAUUGAUAGCAAAGGCAUUUGUUAGAAUAGGAAAUGCCUACAAGAAACUAAAAGAUUGGCAAAAUGCCAAGAUCAAUUUUGAAAAGGCAAUGUCAGAACACAGAACACCUGAAACCAAAACACUUAUUUCAGACUUGGAAAAGAUUAUUAGAGAGGAGGAAAGAAAAGCAUACAUUGACCCAGAAAAAGCUGAAGAAGAAAAGGAAAAAGGUAAUGAAUUAUUUAAAAAAGGAGAUUAUGCCACUGCUGUUAAACAUUAUACUGAAGCCAUCAAAAGAAACCCAGAUGACGCAAAACUUUACAGCAAUAGAGCUGCAUGUUAUACAAAAUUAGCAGCAUUCGAUUUAGGCCUUAAAGAUUGUGAAAAGUGUACGGAACUUGAUCCCAAAUUCAUCAAAGGAUGGAUUAGAAAGGGCACAAUCUUACAUGGAAUGCAUCAAUCUUCAAAAGCGAUCUCAGCAUUUCAAAAGGCUUUAGAAUUGGAUCCUAACAAUGCAGAGGCACUUCAGGGUUACCGUCAGUGUACUUUGGACAGUACUGGUGGUGAUCCAGAAAAAAUUAGACAGCGCGCCAUGCAAGAUCCCGAGGUUCAGUCGAUUUUGCGGGAUCCGGCGAUGAGAAUGAUAUUAGAACAGAUGCAAAAUGAUCCGAAAGCCCUUCAAGACCACUUAAAGAACCCUGAUAUAGCAGCAAAAAUUCAGAAACUUUUAGAAUCUGGUUUAAUAGCUAUUCAUUAACUGAGCUGUUAUAGAAUCGUUCGUUCGAUUUUUUGUAUGGCUUAACAAUUUUGAAAAUUUAAUUGUAAGUGUUCCAUUAUUUCACAUUAGACUAAUUCAUAUUUAUAUAAGUAAACAAUAUGUAGCACUAAAUGGUCUUUUAUUUCGUCAAAUAAAUAUUAAGGUAACCACUUAAUUACUUACAAUUAGUUUUUAUUACUCUACCAGCUACCACCCAAAAGUACGUGUGCUUAAGAUUAGUUUAAAAUAAUAAAAGUACGUUAUUGUUGGUAAAAUACAAUUAAGUUUUCUGCCUAAUGUGGUUGCAUUUGAAAGCAAUAGCCAAGAAAUCAUUAAUUACGCGUGAUGUUACUUAUUGUUUACUUAUUUUAAUUAAAUAGUUGAAAAUGAUAAAAGUAAGUUAGUGGCAAAAUGAGUCGCAAUAAUCUACCAUUGUUGGCUUUGAUUACAAUAAUAAACUUUAAUUAUAAAUUGUACUCACCAGUUCGUCGAUCUCUAUUAUGAUUAGUAAUUUGCAGUUAAUUUAUGUUAACUUUGAAAUUAUCACAUGUGAACUAAUUCUGUACGUUUAUUUUAACAUAAUUUUGAAAAACACCUUUCCACGUUCACUGUCAAAAUCACAACAAUGGAAAUAGAAACUAGCAUCCUCCCGCAUCUAUAUAAUUGUUUCCGUUACCAACACAGAAAUAAUAUAUUAGUAAUUCUUGA